AUUUGUAAACUGAUAAAGUAACACAUUCGCAUGCUGUUUAUCACAGUUGGAGUUGGAAUCUGCAACAAAAAUAUCAUCAGUUAUGUCAACAAACACAACAGAUAUCUCGGCCACAAUGACUUGAUAAACAAGUUGAGAAUAACACAAAAUGAAGAUACAUUAGCGAGUCUUAUAAAAGUCCGCUUACUACUCCGUCAGCAUGUCACUCGUCUAAGUAAUUGCAUUCCAAUCGAUUCGAAGGCACAUUUCAAUUCAGAUUUUUUUCUUAUCCACCUUCCACCACCUGACACCCAGGCGAAUCCAAUGCAUCAACAUAAACAUCAACAUCAGCAGGAACAUAAUUCCCAUCACCAUGAGUCGGCUCCAACUAACCUGACCAACACAGAGGGUAUUUUAUUGCAGCAGGCCUGGAUGUCGUUGGCACAGAACCUUCGAAUGCAAUCCAUCAGUAACUUUCAACAUUUAGGUACUUCGUACAUCGGGCAGAUUGUGGAAAUUGAAAUGAAACGUUUAAAGGCCAAUUGCAGACGUGAAGAGGAGCUGUAUGUGGAGCAAAUGCUUUUGGAAAAUCCCAUUGUUGUUGAAAGACGCAGCAGUAUGUCAAUGCCAGAGCAAUCAACAAAAGCGGCAGCGGAUGCAACACCUAAAACAAAUGAUGAUGACGACGACGACGAUGAUGGUAAUAAUAAUGGCCAACAACAUUCCAACGGAAACGGAUGUAGCAGCAUCAGUUCCAACAACGGAGUUAGAAAUGACACGGCCACAACUCUACUACUGCAACAGCAGCAGCAACGGGCCGAAUCAUGUCGUCGCUCUCGCAUCAACAACAAAAUUAAAAAGGCCAAAAUGAAAUUCCGCCAUAAAUUCAUGUCGUCUAAACUCGUUCAGAGUCUCCGCAUGCUGGAGUGCAUACAAAAGCUGAUUGACCAAACGGAAAUGCAACUAAUGAGUCAAGGUUUCACUGUCCAACAGCUGGAGAAAUUGAAAGAGCUGGUCUUUUGCAAUGGCAGCCUAUGAUAGGAAUUUUAAAAUAAUGGAAAUGACAAAUGAAAACAAAACAAAAAUGGUAAUGAAAUUAAGUCCCCAAUGACGUUGUUGUGUAGAAGUUCACUAGGAGCUGUAAUUAUAGCUAAUUUAAAAGUUUUAUUUGUUUGAGAGCAAUAAAUUAAAAAAUGCAAUGCAUAUGUCACCUCUAUUUUCAAUUUUAA